CGCGAGAGUGCACGGUGGGCUGCCGCUGAGGCGGAGGAGGAAGGGCGAACGAGGGCGGGCGGCGGCAGCAGCAGCAGCAGCAGCAGAAGGGGCAAGCAGGCAGGGAGGGGACAGGACGCGGCUGAGGGGGAAAGAGAAGGAGGAGGAGGAAGGGGGCAACGACGACCCACCGGGAUCGGAAGGGCGGGGGGCGACACCGCCGCUGCCGAGGGGCCAGGAGGGCAGGCGAGCAGGCAGGGGGGCGGCGCGAAGCGGCCUGGCCCCGCCCGGAGAGACGCGCGAGCGGUCUCCGGCCCGCCCCCCCGUCCGCUCAGCCCCUCCCGGGCCGGAGCCUCACGGGCGAGCGAACGAGUGCAGGCCGGGGCCGUGGCCUUGAAGGCGGAGGAGGCUGAAGCGGCUGGGAGGGGGGCGGCCCGCGUUCUCCGCCGCCCCCACGAAGGCGGCCGCAGCAGCAUCAGCAGCGCCAGAGCCCCGCAGGUUACUCAUGCUGAAGAGGCUCCAUUCAUACAGAUGAGCCCAGGGUCGAGGCAGGACUUUCAACCCAGAUAGUCAGUUGGCUAACUGCCCAGCAGGAUGCCAUCCACCAGCCGAGCAGGCAGCCUGAAGGACCCAGAAAUUGCAGAGCUCUUCUUCAAGGAAGACCCAGAGAAGCUCUUCACAGAUCUCCGAGAAAUCGGCCAUGGAAGCUUCGGAGCUGUUUAUUUUGCACGUGAUGUGCGCACCAAUGAAGUGGUGGCCAUCAAGAAAAUGUCUUACAGUGGGAAGCAAUCCAAUGAGAAAUGGCAAGAUAUCAUUAAAGAAGUCAAGUUCCUACAAAGAAUUCAACAUCCCAACAGUAUAGAAUACAAAGGCUGCUACUUGCGGGAGCAUACGGCGUGGCUUGUUAUGGAAUACUGUCUAGGAUCAGCAUCAGAUUUAUUAGAAGUCCAUAAAAAGCCAUUGCAGGAGGUGGAGAUAGCUGCCAUUACCCACGGUGCUCUCCAAGGACUGGCAUAUUUGCAUUCCCACAACAUGAUCCAUAGGGAUAUCAAGGCGGGAAACAUCCUACUGACGGAACCAGGCCAGGUGAAGCUCGCUGACUUUGGAUCUGCUUCCAUAGCAUCUCCUGCCAAUUCAUUUGUGGGGACGCCAUAUUGGAUGGCCCCAGAAGUGAUUCUAGCCAUGGACGAAGGGCAAUAUGAUGGUAAAGUGGACGUGUGGUCUCUUGGGAUAACGUGCAUUGAGUUAGCGGAAAGGAAGCCUCCUUUGUUUAAUAUGAACGCAAUGAGUGCCUUAUAUCACAUAGCGCAGAAUGAAUCCCCUACACUCCAGUCCAGUGAAUGGUCUGAUUAUUUUCGAAACUUUGUAGAUUCUUGCCUCCAGAAAAUCCCCCAAGACAGGCCUACGUCGGAGGAACUCCUGAAGCAUGUCUUUGUCGUCCGAGAGCGCCCCGAGACAGUGUUAAUAGACCUGAUCCAGAGAACAAAGGAUGCGGUCCGAGAGCUGGACAAUCUACAGUAUCGCAAGAUGAAGAAACUCCUCUUCCAGGAGGCUCACAAUGGACCUGCAGUGGAAGCCCAGGAAGAGGAGGAGGAGCAAGACCACGGCCUGGGCCGGACGGGAACCGUGAACAGCGUUGGCAGCAAUCAGUCCAUCCCCAGCAUGUCCAUUAGUGCCAGUAGCCAAAGCAGUAGUGUUAAUAGUCUUCCAGAUGCCUCGGACGACAAGAGCGAGCUGGAUAUGAUGGAGGGGGACCACACGGUGAUGUCCAACAGCUCUGUCAUCCACUUGAAGCCGGAGGAAGAAAAUUACCGAGAGGAUUCGGACCCUAGGUCAAGAACGUCGGAACCACAGUCGCCACCCCAAGUGUCUCGCCACCGGUCCCAUUAUCGCAACCGAGAGCACUUUGCUACCAUACGCACAGCAUCGCUGGUGACGAGGCAAAUGCAGGAACAUGAGCAGGACUCGGAGCUCCGGGAACAGAUGUCCGGCUACAAGCGCAUGCGGCGGCAGCACCAGAAGCAGCUCAUGGCCCUGGAGAACAAGCUGAAGGCCGAGAUGGACGAGCACCGCCUGCGGUUGGACAAGGACCUCGAGACCCAGCGCAACAACUUUGCAGCGGAAAUGGAGAAGCUCAUAAAGAAGCACCAGGCGGCUAUGGAGAAGGAGGCAAAAGUAAUGGCCAAUGAAGAGAAGAAGUUCCAACAGCACAUUCAAGCCCAGCAAAAGAAGGAGCUCAGCAGCUUCCUGGAAUCCCAGAAAAGAGAGUAUAAACUCCGGAAGGAGCAACUCAAAGAGGAGCUGAAUGAGAACCAGAGCACCCCCAAGAAGGAGAAGCAAGAGUGGCUGUCCAAGCAGAAAGAGAACAUCCAGCACUUCCAGGCAGAGGAGGAGGCCAACCUGCUCCGGCGGCAGAGGCAGUACCUGGAGCUGGAGUGCCGCCGUUUCAAGAAGAGAAUGCUGCUCGCCCGCCACAACUUGGAGCAGGAUCUCGUCCGGGAGGAGCUCAACAAGCGGCAGACCCAGAAGGACCUGGAGCACGCCAUGCUGCUGCGGCAGCACGAGUCCAUGCAGGAGCUGGAGUUCCGGCACCUCAGCACCAUCCAGAAGAUGCGCUGCGAGCUGAUCCGGCUGCAGCACCAGACGGAGCUCACCAACCAGCUGGAGUACAACAAGCGGCGAGAGCGGGAGCUGAGGCGCAAGCACGUCAUGGAGGUCCGGCAGCAGCCCAAGAGCCUCAAGUCGAAAGAGCUUCAGAUAAAGAAGCAGUUCCAGGACACCUGCAAGAUCCAGACCCGGCAGUACAAAGCGCUGCGGAACCACCUGCUGGAGACCACGCCCAAGAGCGAGCACAAGGCGGUCCUGAAGCGGCUCAAGGAGGAGCAGACCCGGAAGCUGGCCAUCCUCGCCGAGCAGUACGACCACAGCAUCAACGAGAUGCUCUCCACACAAGCCCUGCGGCUGGACGAGGCGCAGGAAGCAGAGUGCCAGGUCUUAAAGAUGCAGCUGCAGCAGGAACUGGAGUUGCUGAACGCUUACCAGAGCAAGAUCAAGAUGCAGGCGGAGGCCCAGCACGACCGGGAGCUGCGGGAGCUGGAGCAGCGGGUCUCCCUGCGCAGGGCCCUCCUGGAGCAGAAGAUCGAGGAGGAGAUGCUGACGCUGCAGAACGAGCGCACCGAGCGGAUCCGAAGCCUGCUGGAGCGCCAGGCCCGGGAGAUCGAGGCCUUCGACUCGGAGAGCAUGCGGCUGGGCUUCAGUAACAUGGUCCUGUCCACCCUCUCCCCCGAGGCGUUCAGCCACAGCUACCCAGGAGCCUCCAGCUGGCCCCACAACCCUUCUGGGAGCACGGGCCCUCACUGGGGCCAUCCCAUGGGCGGCCCACCCCAAGCCUGGGGCCACCCGAUGCAAGGCGGCCCCCAGCCGUGGGGCCACCCCUCGGGGCCCAUGCAAGGGGUCCCUCGAGGGAGUGCGCUCGGGGUCCGCAACAGCCCCCAGGCCCUGAGGCGGACGGCUUCCGGGGGACGGACGGAGCCGGGCAUGAGCAGGAGCGCCAGCGUCACCUCGCAAAUCUCCAACGGGUCCCACGUGUCUUACACCUAACUUCGAGCGGCCCCCGCGAGCGGCCUUGCCGCUGGAGCUGUCUGCCAACAGGAGCUGCCGUCAGGAGAGCCUCCCCAGGAGCCUGGCCUGGGCAGUGCGGCGGACGCCGGCUGCCGGCUGGGGAAGGCGAUGCGUUCAGGGUUGACUAAUGGGGAUGUCAUAGUAUUGGGAUGCAGAGUCCCUUUCCCUUUUUCAGUUUUGCAGCGGUGGUGAGGAGAGGGCAGCCUGGUCUGCGGCGGUGGUGGCGGCAGCAGCCCGAAUCCACUCGGGAGGGAAGGGUAGGCAUCCCUUUCCCCAGCCAGACUCCCUCGCUUGCUGAGCGGGGGUGUGGCCGUGCAUUGCGGGGGUCCCUCUCCGUCCUGCAGGCCCUCCUCCCCAGCCCGCUUGUAGGCCUGGCCUCUUGCUGAGAAGGGACCAAACAGAAGCCUGUUGCAGGAGAGGGGCGAGAGGUCUUGGCCUGCUGGCGGCAGAGGGGCGGGGCAGGCCCUUGACGGCGCGCUUUCCCGCUUGCACUAGAAGGCGGGGCCCCUUGGGCAGGCUGCGCUCGCGGGGCCGGACAGAACAGCACCAGUGGAAUGCACCUGCUAGGACCCUGUGAGCAGUUGGGCCCGACAGCCGGUGCCGUGUGUGGUGGCGGGCAGGGGAGAGGUGGGCCCUGGGAGCGGUGCUCUGUCCCCCGCUGCAUAAUACUGUGACAUCUCCUCUUAGUUAAGCAUCGGAACCACUCGCAGGCCACCCGGAAUCGCCCCGGUUGCUCUGCGCCCCCCUUCAGCAGCGUCACGCUUGGCAGCCAACCCACCCCCGACUCCUGAGGUAUUGUGACCGAGGCCAUAAAGUUGCAGGUGCCACCGCUAGGCAAGGAGCUCCCCCCGCCCCCUUCUGACACUACAUUUGCCAGUUUCGUUACCCGUCUUGGGCUUGCCACAGUUCCUCGUUUCCAUGUAAGCCGUAGCCAAUUUUCCGAGUGUUCAGUUGCCACGGGGGGGGGAGGGGACAGGCCGUGGGGGUCUCUCCCAGCUGCUGACUGACCUGUUACUGCCUCUGGAGCUGUCCUUUGCACGGACUCUCGGCUGCAAAUCCUGUGCAGCUCUGCAGCUGUUGUGAGCGCCCAGCGGCCUCUUUGCUGCCUAGCCAGCUUCCCAGGAGAUUCCCGGGGGACCUGGGAACAAGGUUUCCCCUGUGUGCUCGGGGGUCUUGGGAACCUGCAGCCACCAAGGCAGCAAAAAGAAGCAUUGUGACCAGCAGCAGAGAAGCUCAGUCGAGAAGCGUUUGGGGGUGGGCGGAGAGGCAGAGAAACCCCUCUCCCUACGAGGGCUGCCCCACUUGGUGUUCAGUGUACAUUAGUUUCCUUGCCACUCCAACCAAACACUAGCUACUAACUGUAGGAUUUGCCUUUUAACACUUCUAUAGGGCUCAGAAAAUGAGAGGGUCCCCCCCCCCCGAAUGUGUUUAUGUCCACGCGACACAUUUGUAUAGAAAAUACUCUGUGUGUCACACUGCUGCUCAGUUCCUUUCUGUUUUAAUCAGUGUGACCUUUUUUUAUUAGCUAAAUUAAAAGCCACUUCAGUCAACCUCUUUCUCUCUCUCUCUCUCUCUCUCUGUCCUCCAGCUCUUUGGUUGAUCAUAUCAUUGGGAGCAAAGAUGAGCCCAUAACCUAAAAAGUGGAGAGGGGAGAAGGCCAACUAAUGUUGAACUGAGCACAGUUGAUUGCAUUAAGCAUCAUAGAAGCACAGGAAGCUGCCAUAUACUGAGUCAGACCCUUGGUCCCUCUAGCUCGAUAGUGUCGACACAGACUGGCAGCAGAUUCUUCAAGGCUGCCGUCUCUCCCAGCCCUAUCUGGAGAUGCCAGGGAGGAAACGUGGAACCUUCUGCAUGCAAGCACUCUUCCCAGAGCGGACCCAUCCCUGAGGGGAAUAUUGUAUGGUACUCAUGCACGUAGCCUCCCAUUCAAAGGAUUGGGGCGGGGGGCACAGCAUCAAAACAAGAAAAGAUUUUGUGGGCUUUAUAUUUUAGGACAAAGGUUCACAAACUGGGGUGGGUCCCCAGAUGGCAGAGUACAAUUCCCAUCAUUCCCUGCCAAAGUGGCCUUGGACUUGUAGUCCAGCACCAUCUGAGGACCUAAGCUUGAGAAUAACCCCUAUUCUCGGCCAUGGGUGCCUCUGUGAUGGUUUCAGAGUGAGUCCAUCGUGGUUGCCAGGUAUCUGGUCCUUCCAAGCGAAACUAAACCAAGCUAAUAGGUGGUGGCUAUGAAUUAUAUUAAGUAUUAUAUAUUUAAUAUAUCAUUAAAAGGAGGGAGGGAGAGGAAAACACACACCAUUUAAACUUGGAAGCACUCCCUAUACACUCCAUCCCAAUGGAAUCCCCUAAACUUCUGGAAUGUCUCCCUUUUAGGCAGUAUCGCCUCAAGAACAUGACAGCAAUAUCGAAUGUGGCUGUGUGUGUGAGAGAGACGGGGGGAAUCCCUGGGUUUCCCUCACCCCGACUCGUUUGAGCACUGCUUGGAACCCCGUUCUUUGUUCAUUCUUUUUCUUGUGUUUAGGGGAAGAUUUUGGUCUGAUUCGUCAAGAGCUUUCCCUUGAAAUCGUUUUACUGCCUGUUUCUCCUCCCCUCCACCCCCAUGUCUAUUUCACUUUUCUCCGGGGGGUGUUGGAGAGAAGUCUGGUGUAACCAGUUUCUCUUCCCUCUCUGUAUGUCUUCACAUGCCAGACCCUGAACUACUCAAUGAAUUAAUAUUUUAAUUAAAAUAGUUUGCAAAAACUGAUUCAGAUGGGGGCUGUUCUGGCAGUCUGCUUGUUCUUAAGAUGGUGCUGUUAAUAGGACACUGACUGUGUGUGAGUGUGUGUGAGAGAGAGAGCACACGUGCUAGGUGUGAGGCACAGGUCAGCAAUGAGACUAUAAGCUACCCCCUUUCUACCAUGUUUUAAUAGCUGUGCAGCAGAUUGCCACAGGGGAUGAUGGGAGUUGUAGUCCAGCAGGAGCUGGCGAGCCUCAGCUGGGCACCCCUGCUGACCUGGAGGGGCACAUCCUGACCCUAGCCGCUGUGAAACCGAUCACUUGAUGAUGCGGGGGUCGUUGGAGUCCACACAACCCCACAGCUGCACAUGGCGGUGGGGGGAGUCAUUGGAAGCCUCCUCCCAGCGCCAGCCCCUCUUGGAUCCUGGCAAAGCACGUCAGCUGAGGUUUCUUGCUUAGCUCCCCACCUCCAUGGAUGGAGAGGAAGGCAGAGGACAUGGCAGCAGUGCAGGAUUCCCCCCGCUUGGGACGGCACACCUGAAGCCUCCCUGCAGCAACAUGGGCGAGGUUAGCUGGCUUGCAGCUCUCAGCCUUUUCCUUUCUGCCAUUCCUCUGAGAGCUGCGCUGAAGGCGGUGUUUUGGAACAGAAACUGGUGCCUAGUCCUUCGGUUCCUCAACCCCAUAGCAAAGUGCUUUGCUUUCACUGAGCUUCCGUUUGAGGUGCCCUCUUUCUUGGGAAAACGAACACACACACACACAAUUUAAGCCAUAGAAGAUUAUUUUAACACCGCUCAGAGAGUGGCAGGAAACGCCCCCUUCCACCCCACCCCGAUGCAGAGUCACUGAUUAGCGGCUGCCCCAUUGCUGAAAGCUCCUUUCUCCCAACCAAUCAAUGCAGGGGGUCCCAACCUUGGGCCCUCAAAUGAUGGACUGGAACUCUCAUCACCCCCAGCCACAGUGGCUUUUGACCACUGUGACGGGAUGGUGGGAGUUGUAGUGAAGAGGUUGAAAAUGCCUGCAUUCAUUUUUAAUUUUUUUUACUGCCUGCUUGCCUCUUUGCACUGAAGCUAGUUUCCUUCCCCUGCCCCAAAAGGUAACCACCUCAUACUGGCCACCCAGAGAUGCAAGUUUGCGCAGGGUAUAAAUUUGAUAGAUAGAUAGAUAGAUAUUGAAAACUCUCUUUUAACAUUAAUGCAACAUCUCCCCCUCUUUUGAACUCUGCUCUCUUCCUCGGCUCUUGUGAAAGCCCUCUCCCAAACAUUGGGUUAAACAUACUCUCCGGGGUGAAAGGGCUGCGUCAGCGAGAGCAGGAAUCAGGCAGGCAGAGGCCUGCGUGAACAAGUCAGCUCUUUAAUCCAGAGUCCCGAGUGCCUCUCAGUAACUGUCCAUCUCCUUCACCACACCCACUAGCCAGGCUCUCUAGUGGAUGAAAAAGGCAAGUGAACCAUCCCCAUCUCCUCUUUCUAGUGUAGCCAGAAACCUUGUGUAUUAACUUCUUUGCCAAGUAAACCGCACCCACCCACCUUGCCAGCAGGAAGCAGUAUGAACGAAAAUGGGUUCCCACCACCACCUAUCCACACAUACUGUGCUCUCCCUUUCAAAAUUACGGGUAAUCUGGAACAUGUACAAAUCUGAAUUUCACAGCCCACUCUCGGGAAUGUGGGGAAGGAAAUGCUGUAAUUUAUCUGUAAAUAACAUAGCUAACAAAUUGACGUGUGCGUGUGCGUUUCUUUUGAAGUCUGAAGCCUUUCUCUUUUUUAAAAAUACAGUUUCUUUUUUUAGCAGAAUCUGCAGUAUGUGCCAAGGGGCAAAGCAGUUUCAGGGAGUUCUAGGGUCUGGUGAGAGAGUUUUUGGUUCCUGUGUUUGGUGGGGUCUGUGCUUGGUGUGUGUUUUUUACGAGUGUCUCUUCCCUUCUCAUAACACAAAAGUCUCUCUUGGGGACCAGGGGACUUGUUCUUGGGUUUGAGGAGGGAAAAACCCAGUGCUGAAAUAAAUAGAAAAAGAGGUGGAUUUCAUUAACCCCAUUGCCUGCUUCUUAAUUCCAGCAUCACCCUUCUCUAUGGUAACUCCUAGCUCAGCAGAAUGUCAGGAUCAGGAGAUGUUAGCAAAUGAGCUGAAGCUUGCAGUGGAGUUUGCAGGAGAAAGAUGUGAGCUCUUGGCUGGCGAGAGUCCUAGUUUGAGGGGAGAGCUGUUAAAUUCUUGGGUGGUUUUUCUUUGCUUUUCAACUCCAAUUUGUGUGAACAGCCCUAAAGAGACAUGGAGGGGCUAGAAGUGAUGACCCGGAACUGCUACUCAUGUUGUGGGCAAGCAGUUCUCUGUGGGUGGUUCUGAGGUGUUGGCGUUUGCCCGGAAGCUGAGAAGUCUUUGUGGUGCUGGGGGAAAGGGGUGUGUGUUGAAAGGGUUUUCUGGAACUGCUGCUGGUGUCUGAGUUGGGCAGGGGAGAAGGGACCAAGGCAGCCAGAGAGGAGCAUGUGGGGAGAGGGUUGUGGGUGUGUUCAUGCACACAACUUGGUGGCUUCUCGCACACUUCUCGUCACAUCACCCACUUUCAGCCCGCCACUUUUCCAGCCAUGAGCCCACAGUUUACCCCGUCCAGUUCACACCCAUGCACUGGAGUGGAUUUGACGUAAAGCAGUAUUUUUGAAAGGGCAUCACAUACCCCACACAAGAAGAAACGACACUGGGCUGAAAUAGCUCUAAAUGCGAAAGGUCUUCUUUUCUCUCUCUUUACAAUUAAUGCUUUAUGGUGCUGGAAGUCCUUGGCACGUUCCUCCCGGGGAGAAGGCCCCAAGCCAUUGGGUGGUGAGAGGGGGCUGUGGCGAGUGCUCCGUUGGGAUGGUUUUGCAUCCAGGGGGAUCUCUUGAACAGCCCAAUUCCUCUUGGCUUUAAUGGACAAGGCAGAUGGCAUCUCUUUUAAAUUAAGGCCCGCGAGGCAAGCGUGUGAGGUGUGAAUAGUGUACAUUUGACAUUGAGCGGGGGAAAGAGCUUGCUUGUAUUGUGAAGAUGUCUUUAAAAACAAAAGAGGAGACUUGAUUUCUAACAAACGAUUAACACAACUUCAGUGUCAUUUUUUAUCCCACUGGGGGUAAAAGGGCAUCUUGAAUGUAUAAUCCUCUUUGUAUGCCACGUUGGCUGACUCUACCAGCCAGCCGGAAGUUCUAUUUAUUAAUUUUAUAUGAUUGACGCCCCCCACCUCCCGGCUUCAUGACUUUCUAGCGUGGGUCUGAUCUCCCCCUCGAUUUUGCACAAGGGUUGCAUACAUUAAAAUUACAACAUUGUGGUUUCUUGAAGUCCUUGCCCCUCUUCCGGUCGGUCUUUAGUUUUUGGUCGCUGUUUGCAGCUUCUUGUGCAAACGUCUGAUCCUGUUUUUGAGAGUCAAAACGCAUAACCUGUCCGUCCAUUGAAAGGAAGGAACCGAAUGGCAAAGUUGGCAGCCUUUGCCGUUUGGAGCUGGACUGGAGGGAAGGAGAGAUGCACACCUGUUGCUGCACAAACCCCAAGUGGUAGAAUGAAAGCCUACCAUUGCCUCAUGUGUUUUCCACUGCUGGGCAUCACCUAGAAGUAGGCGAAGGUGCAUUCUGGGCUUGGGAACCCAAAGCAAGGAGAGCAGGGAGUCCCGGCCUAACACGCUCCCCCCGCCCCCAGUGUGUUGACUGGAUCGGCAGGGGUAGCCUUUUGCACAGAAGGAAUACGUGUGGCCCCUCGGCCCCAUUUAAGGGGAUGCUCACCCUCGUGGUCCAUGUCCUGGCCCUCUGCCCGGAUCCCUGCAAAACUAUUUUGACUUAAAGCCCCCCUGUGGAGCCAGCAGAGCAGCCUGUAGCGCAGCCACCAGGAAGCCGGCUUGGGGCUCGAUUCUCUGACGAGGCUCUUCAUUUUCUCUCUCUCUCCUCUCCCCCCCCCCCCCAUGCUCUCUUGGCAGUGGAACUGCAUGUCUGUAUUACAGGCUCAACUUAGAGACAGCUGUGGUAGGCUGUCAGGUUCCCCUCAUUUGCAGGUGGGUUUCAGAGAGAGAGAGAGGGAGAGAGAUCUGUUUUCAGCUUCCUUCCUUACAAGUUGGUCACACGCAGGUGUUAAGGAGCAGAUCUCUCCACUGCCAGGUUGCUGGUUCCUUGGACACCAGAAGAGCUGCUUCCCAGCCGCCACCCCCACCCACUCCUCCCCACACCCCCCAGGUGUGCAUUUUCCUUUAUGGGCAGCGUGUGCCACGAGCGCUUACAGUAGAGCUUCUAUUGUACGAUAUUCUUGUCAGUAUUCCGGUCUCCUCCUGGUUCAGACGUACAUAAUAGCUCGUAUAUAACCUGUAUUAAUUGUAUAGAUUGUGCAUUUAAAGCUGUUACCAAGUUGUUGGAAAAGAAGAGAAAGAGGUCAUAUGUAAUAUUUUGUUUGUAAGUAUCCUUUGUAUCAUAGCAAAGGAAAUGUUUAAAAAAAAAAGAGCUGUAAUAAUAAAGUAAUUUUAGUA